AUGAUUCUAUUUUGUGAAUUUUAUUCAAUUGAUCAAAAUUUUACGUUAUUACAUUAAUUCAAUUUAAAUUUUAACGGCAUCCUUUUAUAUUUAUUCUUCUUUCAGCUCUUCUUUUUUACCGCCCAUCUUCUUUAAAUUAAUUACUUAUUUAUUAUGUAUGCAUAAAUUUUGGGAGGGUCUCCUAUGUUGGGACAUUUUUUUUCACUUGUGGAACCUGUGGAGUUUCACAACUUAAAUUGGCUCCAUAUGUGGGAUUUGGGCUCCACACUCUGGAAAACGUUCCAACAUAUGGAGACCCACCAAAAAUUAUGCAAAUACAUAAUAUAGUAAUUGUCCGAGGAGGGCGCUAUCUUGCGCCAUCCUCGGGCAAUUCAAAAAUGGCCCCACACCGGGAAUUGAACCCACUUAUGGGGCCAUUUUUGGUGUGUGUAGAGCAUCGACUUCCACGCACCGAAAAUGGCCCCACACGUGGGUUCAAUUCCCGGUGUGGGGCCAUUUUUUUUAAUUGCCCGAGGAUAGCGCAAGAUAGUGCCAUCCUCGGGCAAUUCCUAUAUGCAUUUCCCAUUAAUUCAAUUCCUUUCUCAAUUAUUAUUACAUUAAACAUGAAUAUAAGCUGUAUCGAAGACCAGCCUCCCUCAAUAACCCCUGAUUCCUUUCACAAUUUUAAAAAACUUAACCCAAAGACAGUCUUCAAAUCCCAGCUACACACUUUUUCAAAACCCCAACGAAUAAAAGGAUUCCAACUAUCAGCUGGCCCUCGAAGCAGCAGCAUAAGCCCCAUGAAUCGCUUUCUCUCUACAGAACAAAGCCACCACCCAGCUCUUUCUUCAAGAAAACUCGAAAAAGAGCUCAGAGAAAUAAAUUGCCAGCUUAAUGAUGAAAAUUUUCCUCCACGAAUAAAUUCGACAUUUGACCAGAGUUCUUUGCUUCAUAACAAAUUCAAAAUGAUACAGAAGCCCUAUCAAAAUCCCAAGUACAAUGAGGUGGUUUAUCUCAAUAAAUUGUGCAAUCAUUUAAUUGAGGAACAAAAUAAGCUGAAAAUUAAGCUAGCACAGCAGGAAGAUAUUAUUGAAGGAAUGAAAGGAAAAUCAAGCACACAUGGCCACCCUUUGAAAUUGUUCCAAGAAGCUGUAAACCAUUUAGAAAAAGAAAGAAAAAUAAGGCAGUUAAGUGCGAGAAGAUCGGCAACGCCAAGAAAGAGGAGUAUUAUUAUAAAUCAUAACUCGGCUUGUAAGGAAAAUCCUGUAAACCUGUCGCUCAAUUUGAAAGGGAUAAAGAAAGAUGACGACGAGCUGUUUACGUUUCGACCAAAAUCUCCAACAACGCCUAAUAAAGGAGCAUUCCCAAGAGAAGUAUUCAGAAGAAUAAAAAACAGUUAA